AUGGCCCCCAGAUAUAAAGAUGGGGAUGCCGUCGUGGCGUUCAAUGGCAAAUGGAUCUCGUGGACCCAUACGAUAGUGGCCUACACGGCCUUCUUCAGUGCCCUGGUCGUGGGAAUGUCCUUGCACUUUCGCAAGAUUGUCCAGAACGAACACUACGGCUACCCUGACGAAUGGUUCCCAUCCGUGUCGGCCACCAUCGGUGACCGCUACCCUGAACGGUCCUUCUUCCAAGUCUUCAUUGCCAUCACCUCCGGCCCUCGUUUCGCUCUCGUCGCCCUCUGGUACCUCCUGACUGCCCGCCCUAAUUCCGCCCUUCCAAAGUUGGUUGCCGGUGUGGGUUUAUUCCGGACUUUCACAUGUGGAGGCUGGACCUACGUUACCUCGACUGAUGAUCACGACUGGCACGAUAUUUUCAUGAUCUCGUACCUGGUGGCGACCUUGCCUUGGACUCUUGGCUGCCUCGCCCUCAGCCCAAACAACCGCCGCGCUGUCAAGUACCGCAAGAUCUUGGCAAGCCUCUUCUUCGGUACUCUGGUGCCUUUGAUUUACUUCUUCAUCCAACAUAAAGUGCACAAGGUUCCUGGGGCUUACACAAAAUACGCCUUCUUCGAGUGGUCGCUCAUCCUGUUUGAUGUGGGAUUCGAUGCCGUCACUGCUCUUGAUUUUGACGCUUUCGAGAUUGUUGUGAGGGAUGUCAAGGGGGUCAGCAGAGGACAGUUGAAGACUACUGCGGAUUCGGUCCUUGAAAAAGAGAAGGGCAAGCCCGUUGGCAACACCUUUGGCGAAGGCUUUUUCUGGGCGGAGAUCAUCGAUGCCGCCGCAGAUGUCUAUAAUGGGUUUGUCUUUUGGACGCUCUGCACGUCCCUUCCCGUUCUCGUUUGGUACUUCCCUCUCUGGCACAUGGGUAUCUCUGGAUACGAAGCUGCCAUUGUCUGCUACCUCUCGCCUUUGCUUCUCGGCAUUCCGGCCAUCAAAUCUGCGGCCAUCAAGAAUCCCCGCCUUUUCCACUUGCUCUCGCUAUCCGGACUCCUGGCAUACAAGGUGCAGGAUCCCGCCAACCGGCUCUUUGUGACUUCCUUCGCCGUCAUUUGCAGCUGUGUGACAUGGGCUGCUACCUUGUAUGCGGAGAGGGCGAACACCAUCAGGCUGGAGUCACGGAUCCUCUCAUGGACCAUUGGAUUGAUCAUGUCUAGCAUUGCCAAGUUCGCAUGCACGACCAACAACCCUCUGUGGCCAAUCAUGAAUGCCCAGAAUGGUGGAUGGAACAAGCUCGGGCUUCUACUCGCCAUUCUAGCCGUCCUUCGAUCCUACAGGAGGCCUGCAACAAGCGGAGGAGAUUAUCUACCAACGAGUGGAAAGAAGGGGUCCUGGCUCCUGGCCGGUCUGGGCCUUGGGGGUGUGAUGUUUGCCAUGCACUACCUUCUGUCAGACUCGAGUACCAUGAUGUCUUGGGUCUGGGAGGGUUAUCCUGUACGGGGCCCCAUCGCAGCCCCCCACGGUGCGCUCACGAUCUUCGCUAUGGGCGCUGGCCUCGUCUACGGUCUCUUUUAUCCGUCGGUGGCUGGAAGUUGGACGGCGUUCGGACUUGGCUCUCUGGGUGCAGCAUUCCUUACCUGCUAUAGCCACUGGACUGGAUACUAUGGCGGUCUUGUCCUCGCCUUCUACAUUUUGGCAGUGACCCCCGUCUUGGUUGCCUCGGCCGUUAGACAUUCCCCCGGCGCUACUUUCGGCGUAGGCUGCCUCUUGUACAUCUUCCUGAUCCUGUUCCACGUCUGGGUCGUGGCUUACGCUUUCGUUCCGGGUGGAUAUCUCGUAAGAGAGCACACGGAUUGGGUCAUGGCCACCAUCAUGUUGUCCAUUGGUGCGGGUGUCUUCUCGGCCGGUGUUUCGAAUGUGUCCACUCCGAAAAGCAAGACCAUCAGCCCUAACGGCAGGAGACAGCGGUCCUACUUCAUCUACGUGCUUGCUGUGUUGCAGCUGCUCUCCGUCUCCAUUGCCUACCUCCGCUUCCCGACCAAUGAUUAUACUCCCUAUCACAAGGAAGACAAGGUUGCCACCCUCGGCAUUUGGACGGUGCAUUUCGGCCUUGAUAAUGACAUGUGGGCGUCUGAGCGACGCAUGCGCGAUGUCAUCCAGGAGCUGGAGCUUGACGUGAUCGGCUUGCUUGAAUCGGACAACCAGCGCAUCAUCAUGGGCAACCGUGAUAUCACUCAGUUCUUGGCUGAGGACCUGGGGAUGUAUGCAGACUUUGGACCGGGCCCCGACAAGCACACGUGGGGAUCGGCCUUGCUCUCCCGGUUCCCGAUCGUCAAUUCCACCCACCACCUGCUCCCUUCACCGGUUGGUGAACUUGCUCCUGCCAUCCACGCCACUCUGGACAUGUAUGGCGAGCUGGUUGAUGUUGUAGUCUUCCAUUCGGGACAGGAGGAGGACCCAGAAGACCGUCGACUGCAAACGGAGUACUUGUCCAAGCUGAUGGGUUCAUCGUCCCGUCCGAUGGUGCUGCUGAGCUACCUGGUUACCAAACCGCUUGAAGGAAAUUACAACACAUACGUGAGCGACAUCAGUGGCAUGAAGGACAUUGACCCCACAGACUGGGACCGCUGGUGCGAGUACAUCCUUUACAAGAACUUGAAGAGAACAGGUUACGCGCGAGUCAGCCGUGACUCGAUCACCGACACAGAGAUUCAGGUCGGUAAAUUUGUGAUUGGAGAGCCGGAACCGGAGAAUGAAAUGCGUAUCCCGGAGGAAAUGGUCCCUGAGGGCCGUCGAUUCCCCGGAUUGUUCCGCGGCCAGGGUGUCCGUGGCCAUCGGUACCAUGUCUUUGAUGAACCCAGAUACUGGCAAUGA